CGGCUCUAGGCAUCAGUCUAGAAAAUCCAUAUCAGAGCGUGAAACCGCAAACGCGGCACUUUUUACUGGCGUUGGUACAAUUAUAUUUUUUAUCGGAGAGCUUUGCAGAGGAGCACGUGUCGCCGGUUGAUAGUCGCGUCAUUACUACCGGACAGAUGCGACAACGAUACAUUUGCUUUCUGGAAUCGAGACAUCUCAGGUGAGAAAAAAUAACGCUACGAAGUGUUAACGCAGUUGUUCGGAGGCAAAAUGGCUUUAAAAAUGGCUCUCUCGAUGAACGGCACAAAGUCACAAGUCGAUCGCAAUUAUGUGUUGAAUGUUCUGAAUUAUAUUGACGAAGUGAACGAGUCGUUUAGCACCGAGCAGAUCAAAUGUCUCGAACUCAAAGAUCGGGAACAUGAAAAUCAAAAGCAGGAACAAGAAGAAUGCGAAGUAGACUGGGACACCAUAUUAUGCUGGCCUCGGACGCUUUCCGACACUUUGGCUACUAUUCCCUGUUUUGAUGAGCUCAACGGUAUACCUUACGACAACACUCAAAACGCCAGUCGUUGGUGUUGGUCGAAUGGAACUUGGGACCGUUAUUCCAAUUAUUCCAUGUGUCGCGAUGUGCGGCUGCCGACCAUUGAGCCUGGUGUAGAAAUUUCAACUACACUUUAUUUCAUCGGUUACAGCCUCUCCUUAUUUACUCUAAUAAUGGCGGUCUGCAUAUUCAUCUAUUACAAGGAAUUACGAUGUCUCAGAAACAACAUACAUACGAAUCUAAUGUUUACUUACAUCCUGGCUGAUUUGACAUGGAUCUUAACUACUGUGAUGCAGGUAAAUAUAAUGUAUGUGUAAUGUAUGUAUGUAUGUAUGUAUAAGCGCAUUUAUCGUCACCGCUUUGUCUCUUAUCUCUCAUCUUUCGUAGGUUUGUAUCUGUAUCUGUUGGUCGUGAAAACAUUCACCGGCGACAAUAUCAAGCUGAGACUCUGCCUACUAAUCGGCUGGGGUGUCCCGGUGCUUGUGAUAACCAUGUGGGGUAUCGCCAAGUCGUUGGAUCAAAAAGUCAUAAACCACGUCAUGAAGCAAGCUAAUCAGGAAGUAGCGCUCUGGAGGCACUGUCCCUGGAUGAUACCGCAUCCAUACGAUUGGUUUUAUCAAGCAUCCGCUAUAAUAAUUCUAGCGGUAAACGUGAUGUUUCUUUUCAUGAUUAUGCGGGUGUUGAUAACGAAACUGUGGUCCUCCAACAAUGUAGAGACGCAACAAUAUCGGAAAGCCAGCAAAGCUCUCUUGGUAUUGAUACCGCUUCUAGGAGUGACAUACGUGCUGGUCAUAGCUGGACCCACCGAAGGCCAAGUCGCGAAUGCAUUCUCCUAUGCGCGUGCGAUUCUGCUUUCUUCGCAGGGAUUCUUUGUGGCGUUGUUUUACUGCUUUCUCAAUACCGAAGUGCAAAAUACGGUUAGGCAUCAUUUCACACGAUGGAGCACCACGCGAAAUCUUGGCACCCGCCGGAGGUAUUAUAACAAUUGGUCCCCUCGUUCAAGAACGGAGAGCAUAAGAUUAUGCCAACCAUCGAAUCCAUAUCGAAAGCGGGAAUCCACUGUCAGUGAGACCACUACUACGACAGUGAUAGGCCUGAAUUCAACUGCAACAUUUCUCGACAAGUCCAAAAGGAUUAUUUCGGAGGAUCUCAACGAAUAAGAUGAGAGAAAUUUCAAUGUGGAACGAGUCUCGUUGCAUAAUCGCAUUCUUGUUGAUUGCGUCAUCGGUAGAGUGUUCUUUACGAAUGAUCGGACAGUUGUAUAAAAAUUAUCGCCAUCUGCCGCGCUAGCCUUGAGAUUUUCGCGGCUUUCCAGAAGAAUGUCUUGUGUAUAAUUAUUCACACAAGCAAUGGCAUAAAUCUAUGCAAAAGGAACAUUCUUUCAAUAUUGUCAUCUUGCUAAGACUUUUUACGCAUAUCAUUACGAGCAAUUACUGCAGUCUUGUUGAAUUACAACAUCACAAGCGAGAAAUUAUGUGACAUCCAUUCUUUCGGUUGUAUAUUUACUCGUUAUUCGUCAAUGACAAUUUUUGCAGAUUUAUCGAAUAUAUCAAAGAUUUCCUUUUUUCUUUAUGGAUUAGUAAAUAAUGGAUCAAUCUCUUGAGGAAUUUUUAUAACUAUGUAUGUAGAUUAUAUUGCACUUUAUUUAUUGAGGUAAGAAAAAAAUUUAAGAAAAUAUUGAUAUAUUUUAUGAAUAUAUGCUCGAAUGUGAGCGGUGAACAUAAAAAAUUUAUUUUUAUAUGUAGUACAAGAGAAAAAAAUAAACGUAGUUAUUUUCGCUUCUGACUUUGUAAUCUAUUACGAUCGCAAAAAAAAA